CUCAAAAUCUCAUCUCUCGCUCUCUCUCUCUCUCGCCACUGACUUGACUUACUUCUUUAUUACUAUAUUUUGGCUUUCUAUGUGGUAUUCUAGCUUUAGUCCAGCUCCAUAUUUUCGUUGCGUUGCGAGUGAAAGUAUUGAUUUUUGCUAAAUAUUACACAUUGCCAAUUGCUGCAUGGCAUGACAUACCUACGAAAAUGGUAUCACACCACCGCAUCAUCAUUCUUCUCUCCGCUAGGCACACACAAGGUGUUAUUACUUUUCACCUGGAGCCACUUUUUUUGCAAUGUGCAGAUUUCCGUAAUUUUUUUGCGAAUUUAGACUUAAAAUGUGUUCAGUACUGUAUUGGUGCUUCCCUCCGCAUCUUCCAGGCUUUGUGGAGGCUGGACUGCACUGUAUUUACACGGGAUUCUUCAUCAUUGAAGCGGCCACGUAUGGGCUUCACUUGGAGCAGAAGUUUCACGGCGUUUUGCAAAUACUCCUCGUAAACUUUUACAUCGUUCUGCUAUGCAUCCUCUUCAUCCGGUGGCACAUCAGUAGGAGGAGUUUGGGCUGUCACCUCUUCAUCUCGCUGGCUUCCUGUACCCUGACGGUGUUCAUUGGUCAGAUGAUUCUCAUGUACUUGGACCACAUGGAGAAGGGCGGGGGCGGAAAUCCGCAGCCUCCCGAUCCCCUCAAGAUGGACUUCAUCGUGCUGAUUUUGGACAUUUGUUUCUACGCGAUGAUCACCUCGUCGUACAUCAUUCUCCUCGUGCAGAUCUCAAUCCAGGUGAAUCGGUCGGUGAGGCAGGUGCUGUAUGGGGAGCAGAGGUCGGGUGAAGAGUGGAGCGAGGAGGACCCCGAGCUUACCGGGACGACGACCACGACGACAAGCGUGGUCACUUUUGAAGACGAGGCAGGAUAUUUGACAAGAUUUUAAGAAAGCGGGGAGAAAUGAAGAGUACAAUUUUUGAAGACAUGAAUUCGUUCUUGAUGAUUUUUUAGACUUGAUAACCCAUCGUCAAAAUUGACACAUUUUUAUUAAUUUCUCAGCUCUGGGAAUUUAUUUUAAAAUUCUGGACGACAAAUUUGCAGCCAGUGAGUUAAUUAAUGGA